AAAGAAUGAAUACAAGGCAGUCCCACCAUGACGCGAUAUGCCUUUAGCUUGGAGCUAUAAAACUCGAUCAUUCUUCAAAGCCUUUCUCAACCCAUCACACCUAACUUCAAUUCCUCUUUACAUUCCAAAGCCUUUCUCAGCUUAAACAAACUUUCUUCAUACUUUUUCUUUAUGAAAACCAACAAAAUGAUCAGUACAAAGAAACUUGUCAACAUGGCAAGGAAAUGGCAAAGACUAGCAGCUGCAGGCAGAAAGAGAAUUUCUUGGCCAAGACCAGUGGCCGAGAAAGGUCACUUUGUUGUUUACACAAGUGAUAAAAAACGGUUUAUGAUUCCUUUGGCAUAUCUUAACAGCGAGAUUUUCAGAGAGCUCUUCAGAAUAGCCGAAGAAGAAUUUGGAGUGUCAAGUUCAGGGCCAAUCAUGCUGCCUUGUGAUUCAGUUUUCAUGGAGUACGCGAUCUCUAUGAUCCAAAGACAUGUAGCUGAGGACUUAGAGAAGGCAUUGAUCAUGUCCUUAGAUAAUUGCAGAUACCCAUCAUUGUCACAUGAGAAUCAACAACAUAUUAGUCAACAAUUGCUUAUCUGCAGUUUCUAGAAUUUUUUAUUUUUAUUUUUUAAUUUUGGUAGCAGAUAUGUACAAUACAAUUUUGCCUGAACAGAUAAUACAAAUUCUUGUAUUAUUUCA